UACUUCCUCUUCCUGAUUUUAACCAACUUGCUAGCAAGCGAACACAAUACAAUAGCAUAGACGAAGAGGAGUUGAAAGCAAAUUAGUCAAAUCUGUUCAUAUUUAGUUAUAUAUUCAAGUGGACAUACUCAAUUAGCUUAAAGUACCUGAUUAAGAAAUGCAGGCACCAUAAUGCUAUGCAUUGCCCCGUAACCCCUGCUGAAAGACUGAACGGGAUACUUGCCUUUGGGAGCUAACCAGCUUAUUCUCUGUAAACUGAGUGAAUCACUUCACCUCCACACUAAACAGUUAUGUCAUUACUGAAAGAGUCAGGUGACCGUGGAAAAGACAGGGAACGGGGUGCCCGUCCCAAGGUGAGACAGAGCCGGUCUGAGGAGAGACGGGAUGCUGGAGGGGGGCGGAAGGGAGGACGGGGUAAGAAAAAAGGCCUGACAUCCCACGAGCCAACUGUUGAGCGCCCUGUCAGUGACGGCUUUGAGUAUGGAGAGCUACUGAACGGUCUGGAGUCGAGGGAUCGUUGCUCCUCCUCGCCCCUGAGGGAGGGAACUAGGUGGCAGAGCUUGGACCCCUCUGCCUCCAUGGGACAGGACAGGGGGACUGUCCGGUCGAGACAGGGGACAAAUGGCCAGGUCACUGAGCUGCCACUAGCUGGCGAGGCUGAAGGCAGGGGGGCGGGUGGCGGUCGCACUCUCCGUCAAAAAAUCCAAGAUGCCAUGGGUCAGUGUUUCCCCAUAAAGACCCACAGUGCGUCAGCCAUCCCACAGGUCCUCACGCCCUCCGCCGCCUCAUCGCGCCGCAAGAUCCACCUCAGUGAGCUCAUGCUGGAUGACUGCCCGUUCCCCGCGGACUCCGAACUGGCCCAGAAGUGGUACCUGAUCAAGCAGCACACGGCUCCCAUCUCCCAGCCUCCUCUCCUGGACACACAGGUGGUCAGCAGCCCCUCCACCUCCAACAUGGCCGCCACGGUGGAGGACGUGGACGACAGGCUGCGAGAGCGCAGGCGCAUUAGCAUCGAGCAGGGCGUGGAGCCACCGCCCAACGCAGAGAUCCACACCUUCGAGGUGACGGCCCAGAUCAAUCCUCUGUACAAACUGGGCCCCAAGCUGGCUCACGGUAUGAACGAGCUGGCUGGGGAUGAGCGGGCCACCGUUCACCAGCAGCAGCAGCUGCUGCUCCAGAGGCAGCACCAGCAGCACCAGCUCCUCCUGCAGAGUUGCCUGGACACUCUGGACGAGGUGGUGGCCUCCUCCUCAGCCUCGGCUGCCGCCUCCGUCUCCGCCUCCGUCUCCGCCUCCACCCCUGCCUGCGACGUGGUCCCCGUCCCCUUGGUUGACCCGGAGGUCGCGACGAGCAGCCUGCCCGCCAGAGCUGCCCACCCUCCGACCGAGAGUCCCAAAGUCCAGGACGGCUAUCGGAUCCACACUCAGAUCGACUACAUCCACUGUCUGGUGCCGGACCUGCUGCAGAUCACCAACCUGCCCUGCUACUGGGGCGUGAUGGACCGCUACGAGGCGGAGACUCUCCUGGAGGGCAAACCCGAGGGCACCUUCCUCCUCCGGGACUCCGCCCAGGAGGACUACCUCUUCUCCGUCAGCUUCCGCCGCUACGGUCGCUCGCUGCACGCCCGCAUCGAGCAGUGGAACCACAACUUCAGCUUCGACGUGCACGACCCCAGCGUGUUCCACGCCCCCACCGUCACGGGCCUGCUGGAGCACUACAAGGACCCCAACUCCUGCAUGUUCUUCGAGCCCCUGCUGUCCAACCCCAUCCACCGGAGCCAGCCUUUCAGCCUGCAGCACAUCUGCCGAGCGGUCACCAGCAGCCGGACCACGUACGACGGCAUCAACGUGUUGCCCAUCCCCAACGCCCUGAAGAAGCACCUGAAGGAGUACCACUACAAACAGAGGGUGCGCGUACGGAGGAUGGACACCUGCUGGGAAUAGAGGACGGGCCGGUACUGGAGGCCAUGGACCACGACAGGAACAUUCUGACGUGUUAGGGGAAGCUAGCCUCUCUCGCUGGACUCUGAGUGGACUGGCUUCACCCUCUUUUCCAUUAAACUCCACGGCAUUGUACCUACGUUAUUUAUUUGUUUUUUUGCUUUAUAUGUCUUAACC